GAUGAAACCAAAUAAUACCCUAUGCAAUGAUGUACUGUUUGAGAUGGGUUCGUUGAGUAUGGAGGCAGAUCCACAAGUGACAAAUGGCAUCUGUCCAGAUACGAUAUUUGUACCUCUUAGUUCUGGACUCGUGAUGCUCGUGCACAUGUCUCUACUGUUAAUUAGUUCUGUUUUAUUAUUUUACAAGAGGAAACACGGAUAUAUUACUAGUAGAGGAAUUUGGUAUUUGAUUUUAACAAUGAUAACAAGUUUUUUCUAUGUACAAACAGGAGAGUUGAAAUUCGUGGUUGGGCGUAAAAUAUACCCUUGUGCUUUGGGUUCUAUCCACAUGUUCAUGUUGGCAUUUGCUGGAUUAUUGCCAACAAUUUUCAAAUGUGUGAGAAUAUUCUUUCUCUACAGACUGAAUGUUGAAACUAAACAAGUGUUGGAAGGAAAACAAACUCUCGUUCAACCAAAAAUUGAAGAUGGAACAACGUUGGUUGAAAUGGCAAGUAUUUCAUCACCAACACUUGCCAGUAAUCCAUCAAUAGUCAGUCUGUCAGAAGAAUUAAUGAAGAAUAACAAUAUUUCGACAUCAAGUACAGCUACCACAUCAACAGCUGCCAACACUAAUAACGUUUCACAACUAUCAUCACCACAACAAGAGCAGCAACCAAUUCCUACUGAAAAACCUCCUCAAGAGAGUAAUUUACUCUUCUUUGGUGAUAUUCUUCUCGAUUACCAGGAUUUUUUGGAUGACAACAGUUCGAAUGCAAGAAGCUCUGCAGCUGAUACUGAAAGCACCUAUGCUCCUUCAGUAAUUACAUCUGGAGAUGAAUAUACUGAGAUUUCCUACAAACCACAGAAGAAAAUUCAAAUUUACAAAUUCAUUCUCUCUUACAAAUUCAUUAUUGGAACUUAUAUUAUAUUGUGUCUUGUUCAUUUGGCAUUGUGGUUAAUCCUGUCAGGUAUUGAUCAAACUAUUAAGGAUGGAUCCAAUGAAAACUCAAAACGACUACUCGUACUAAAUGUUGGACCAUUUGAUUUCACACGUGGGUGUAUUAUUGCUAAUAAUGUAGUUUUUAUCAUGGGAGCUCAAGUUGCAGUUUAUAUGAUUGUUGAGCUAAUCUUUUUAAUAUUGUGCUUUUUCACAGAUAGAGACACAUGGUUCAUGAAAGGAGAGACUGUUAUCAUAUUUUGCUUUCAAGUUGUUUUGGGAAUUAUUUAUUUGAUAGUGAGCAAUUUGAAUAUUAUCAAGUAUCUGACAGAUUACUUUGUCACUUAUGCAAACGUUACCAUUAUUUAUUCAGUUAUUGAAUUAUUUGUUUGUGUGACUUUGCCAUGUAUUUAUGCCAUUGUGGAAGAUUACAAGAAAUCCAAAAAAGAGAAAAUGCAAACCAAGCAAGAGCUAUCCAUCGUUGAAAUCUUUCUCAGAAAUAAGAAGACAUAUGAUAUUUUACUAGACUAUGCAAGAAGAUCCUACUGUCAAGAGAGCGUUCAAUGUUGGAAAGAUAUUCAAAAAUUCAAGAAGAGCUCUAAAAAGAAUAGACCAAGAGUUGGUAAAUUCAUCUUUAAUACCUAUCUUCUCGAAAAUGCUCCAGUUGAAUUGAACUUGCCAGCAGAUUUGAGAGCUAAUUCAAUUGUUACAAUUGAAACUGCACUGUUUGAAACCAAUCAAGGAACCACAACAAAAUCCAAAAAGAUCAGCAAGAGGUUGUUUGAAGAGGUUGAAUUGCAUUGCGUUAUGGAUAUUACUGAUGUAUUCGAAAGAUUGAAAUCAUCCAACAAGAAGGUGAGAGAAACGGUUGACAAGUGGAAGCAAAUCUCUAAAGGUAUCCAGAAAAAGUAACCAACAAUGCUAGCAUUAACACUCAUCUCGAACCUAAAUCUAUUGAAUGUUGUGACAUUUAGCAUCAAACAAUUCAAAUUGGAUGAAAUAGUUUCCAAAUACAUCAAAAUUGCAUCUACAAAAAGAGGUCUGUUGACCAUACAACAGUCAAGUGGCUAAUCCUUAAAUCAAACCUCAUCAAUGAAUAGAAUGUGUUCAUAUGACAUUUUGUUUUCAAUCAAAACGAAGCAAAGCACGACGAAAGCACGAUUCUAACACUUUCUACCAGCCAAUGAAUUUUUCCUUAAUAAAACAAUGCUUCA